ACAAACACCCUCCAGUAUAUAAGACGAUAAACCAUGCAGGGCUUCACAGCGGCAUACACUGACUGAACUGUGUUCCAGCAUUUUUUGAGAAACAAUGGCAGUCUGGCCUGUCUAUCUGUCUCUUUGUCUUCUCUUAACUCUUGCUUCAGGGGGAAUGCUGCCUCAAACAGGUGGAGAUAAACGUUGUGGCGCUUGUAGGGCAGGAUGGUUUGCCUUUGGAUGUAGAUGCUUCAAGUUUUUCAACAACCCUCAAAUCUGGAUAAAUGCCGAGAAAAUCUGUCUGCACUUGGAUGGGAAUAUUGCUUCUGUACACAACCAUGAGGAGUACGCUUUUAUGCAGAACCUGAUUAGAUACGUAACUCAAGGAGCAACGAGAACCUGGAUCGGGGGUCAUGAUGCUGUUCAUGAGGGAGUUUGGCUCUGGAGUGAUGGAUCUAAAUUUAACUUCCAAAUAUGGUCUCCUGGAGAGCCCAAUAACAAAAAUAAUGAGGACUGCCUUGAGAUGAACUUCAAAAAUGGAAAUUGGAAUGAUACACCAUGUUCUGAAAGGAGGCCCUUUGUGUGUGUGAAAAGCAGCAUGUAAAAAGUUGACUGGAAGACAAAAUGAGCUACUUUGACUCAUUUUAUUUCUUUUUAGAAAUGUUCAGUGGAGAAAUAAUAAAGUUAAAAAUAUACUAAUAAAAGUGGGGUUUUUUUUGUCUGAUUAAUGAAUCAGACAAGUGAAUGAAUAAGUAAUAUUGCAUCUCAAAAUGGCCAUGCAGGACUUCAGCAUUACUUGUAAAAUGAACAUAAGUGACACAAAAAGCUGGAUGAGAGCUUAAAAGAUAGUACAAUGGUAUGUUGUAACUAAAUAUAUUAGAUAAUCAAUAAAAAAGACAC